GCAAACCUGGAGAAAGUGUCGCGGACACUGGAGGACCAGGCCAACGAAUACCGAGUAAAGCUGGAAGAAUCCCAGCGCUCCCUCAAUGACUUCACCACACAGCGAGCCAAACUGCAGACAGAGAAUGGAGAGUUGGCCAGGCAACUGGAAGAAAAGGAGGCACUGAUUUCCCAGCUGACCCGAGGGAAACUUUCCUAUACCCAGCAGAUGGAGGACCUCAAAAGGCAGCUGGAGGAGGAAGGCAAGGCCAAGAACGCCCUGGCCCACGCCCUGCAGUCAGCCCGGCAUGACUGUGACCUGCUGCGGGAACAGUAUGAGGAGGAAAUGGAGGCCAAGGCUGAGCUACAGCGUGUCCUGUCCAAGGCCAACUCAGAGGUGGCCCAGUGGAGGACCAAGUAUGAGACGGACGCCAUCCAGAGAACGGAGGAGCUGGAGGAAGCCAAGAAGAAGCUGGCCCAGAGGCUUCAGGAUGCAGAGGAGGCAGUGGAGGCCAUCAAUGCCAA